AUGGCUGCAAGUUUACCGAUGGAAAAGGAUCCAAAGCAAGCAUUAGAAGUUUAUCGACAAUGGAAAGACCAAGGCACUAAUGACUCAUGUUCUAUCGGCCAAUUAAUAACUCAACGCCGUUCUGCAGUUAUUUAUGAAGAUUUUAUUCCUAUUUGCCAAGAUUUACUUGAUUUCUGUCAAUUAUGUUAUAAAAGCUUAACAGAUGAUUGCCAAAUUAAUUCAAGUUAUUAUCAACCGAGAGUCAACAAAAUUAUUCAAUUAAUAGAAGAGCUAUAUCGGAUUAUGCUAAAUUUAUGCCAAGUAGAGCAAACCAUUCUUCAAAUUCAACAGGAAAAUUCUGCGGCAGCAAUCGAUCUACAAGCAGUAGCAUUACUAAAAGAUCACAAAGAUACUGAUAGCGUUCCGUGGGGUAUAAUAGAUGAAAUUUAUCACCAUGAAAUUGCCGGUAAAACCAUCAGUUUAGCAGCAUCGACAUUACCGCCGUUGAUCGAUACCGUAAGCCAAGAAUUAAGCAAAGAUGUAGUGAAGAAAAUUAUUGAAACUAUUCAACGAUUAACUUGGAAAAUGGAAGCUGCAGUUGAAUGCGAAAACGGCGAUAGCCCAGUGAUUCAUUCCAUCAUUUUCACGCCAGUUAGGCAACAACAAUUAAAUUGGGCUAUGCUUCCUGAGCCAUCUUGUGGCAGCAGUAGGCAAUCUGGUCUACGAAGUAGUUUUCAUUUAUCAUUGCCUUAUCCAACGGAUGAUAUUAGCGGAAAAGGUGAUAUCCUGACAUCGCAGCCACCUUUAUUAGAUCCAAAUCAUGUCGCUAAUACCGAUGGCCUUCCCGAUCCAGCAAAUUUAUCCAUCACAUCCGACGAGAAAAGCUCCAACCAUAGCAAGCAAGAUACGACUAUUCAGCCUCCCAGUGUUGCUAUAGCUGAUCGAUCUACUAUUGUAAAUCAUGAUGACGAUGAUCGUAAUCGAUCAACAGAUCAAAAUGAGACUUUUCCUGACAGUCACCAAGAACAGAAACGUAGCUGUCAUGAUGUCCCAUCUGCCACUCGAUUACAAGGAAAUAACGAAGAUUUAUCAGCUCAUAUUCUUCCUUGUAACAUCAACAUUAACAAGAAGAAAAGUUUAGACAAAGUUAUCGAUACAAAAGAAUUGAAAUUACCACCAGAAAGCGAAGUUGCAGAUCCACCUUUAAGCCCUAUCUGCCAUCCUAGAAUCCCUAGUAUCAUCCUAAUGAAACAAAGUUCUAGCUUAGAUGUGGUGCAAUCAGUCUCUGGCAAUGGCAAAGUAUCCAACGAAUUCAACAUCACUUCCGAUGAUAUAGAUAGUAAUUCACCGACUUAUAUCCAUAAUAGAACCUGUUCCUUCGAUUCUGUUCAUGCUAAUCAUGUCUUGACAUUAGCUCGUGAUAAUUCAAUGUCUAAAGUGAUGGAGAAUAAUAACAAGUUGACCUAUCGAAAAAUUGGCCGUGAAAAAUAUUUAACCCUAAGACCGCUAUCGGAUGUGCGCUCAUCGGCAGUCAUGACCCAAGAAGAUUUGACCAAAUUAGGCUUAAAAGUGGACCUAUUAGGACAAGUGGAUAGCCAAUCGAUCGAUAACGAGAUUAAUAAGACUACAACGACGUUAGAUAUUAAUACAUCCACUGUUUUUCGACAAAGUUGUGCCGAUAUGGUACAAUUAUUCAGCUCACGGAAGCAAUUAAGCCGCGUUAACGAUGAUGUCGAACCGCCAACCAUGAAACGAAUGAGUUAUCAUUCCAGCCAGGAAUUAACUAUACCGCUUAUUAUUCAUAAAGAUUCUAUAGAAUCACAGAAAGAAGAAGAGAAAGAGGAAGAGAAAAGCCAAGGCAAAGAAGGGAAAAAAAAUCUACAACUAGAAAUUAGUCAGCCUCAAUCGGAAGAAUCCAAGCUACCUGCUGUUGACCAGGACAUGGGCGAAUCCCCCAAGCAAUUAUCGGUUUCAUUAUCGGAUAACACGGAUAAAUUAAUUGCCAGUAUUUCACAGAUACAAGAAAAUUUACAAGUCCUAAAACAAGAUACUCCUUUGCAAUUAAGUGUCACGCCAAUAUCUGUACGAAGUAUGGGUAACUUUUCCAAUAUUUUGCAGCGUGCUCUACCUAAAAAAGUUGGCCAAUCUGUAUUUAAACAUCGCUUUAUCGUAUACGAAAUUAAAGUAACGACAAUCUUGCCAGGGGAUAGGCUACUCCAACAGAACGGAAUUAACAGUAUAGUACCUUUCAACAUUCAGUGGAUGGAACUAAAGCUAUGCUAUAAACAGCAUUUGUUUGCGGUAGUCAUGGAUGUUAUUCGACAUCGUCGUCAGUUCGUGGGAUUUUAA